CAGAUGAAAGGAUUGCAUCCGCUUGUCCUUUGCACAUAAAAGCAGGCCCAUAAAUUCUCAUGCGGUCCUUUGCUGGGAGCUUUAGUCAAACAGACGCUCAUACAAUUUCUCCAGGCAAGUUUGUGACAAGGAUUUGGUCCACAAUGAGAGUACCCAGGGAAAUCUCUUUCUUAAUUUUUUUCCAGCUUUUCACAAGAGGCAGUUCAGUUAACCCAGGAAUAAACAGCACAGUUUUGCCAACCACACCAAGACCACAGACCCUUACCACCCAGGUGACAACUGAAAUCAAACCAACAACUGUAAACAGCAGUGCAGGCUUUGAGGGGCAAGUCCGCCUGGCUGAUGGAGGAAACACCUCCUGUUCUGGCAGAGUGGAGAUCUUCCACAGUGGACAGUGGGGGACAGUGUGUGAUGAUUCCUGGGACCUGGUGGAUGCUCAGGUGGUGUGUAAACAGCUGGGCUGUGGAAGAGUCCUCUCUGCACCACAAAGUGCAGCUUUUGGGCAGGGCAUAGGACCCAUCUGGUUGGAUGAUGUCAUGUGUACAGGCAGCGAAUCACAACUUUCAGAAUGCCGCCAUCUAGGGUUUGGAUCUCACAACUGUGGUCACAAUGAGGACGCUGGUGUUGUCUGUGAAGCUGCUGCACCAGUGAGGCUGGUCAACUCUAGCAACCGCUGCUCUGGCAGAGUGGAGAUCUUCCACAGUGGACUGUGGGGGACGGUGUGUGAUGAUUCCUGGGACCUGAACGAUGCCAAUGUGGUGUGCAGACAGCUGGACUGUGGAAGGGCUCGCUCAGCACCACAAAAUGCUGCUUUUGGACAGGGUAGGGGACCCAUCUGGUUGGACGAUGUCAGAUGUUUUGGAAAUGAAUCAUCAAUAACAGACUGCAGACAUUCAGGGUUUGGGGUUCAUAACUGUGGUCAUCAAGAAGAUGCCAGUGCUGUAUGUGAAGUUAACCCAGGAAUAAACAGCACAGUUUUGCCAACCACACCAAGGCCACAGACCCUUACCACCCAGGUGACAACUGAAAUCAAACCAACAACUGUAAACAGCAGUGCAGGCUUUGAGGGGCAAGUCCGCCUGGCUGAUGGAGGAAACACCUCCUGUUCUGGCAGAGUGGAGAUCUUCCACAGUGGACAGUGGGGGACAGUGUGUGAUGAUUCCUGGGACCUGGUGGAUGCUCAGGUGGUGUGUAAACAGCUGGGCUGUGGAAGAGUCCUCUCUGCACCACAAAGUGCAGCUUUUGGGCAGGGCAUAGGACCCAUCUGGUUGGAUGACGUCAUGUGUACAGGCAACGAAUCACAGCUUUCAGAAUGCCGCCAUCGAGGCUUUGGAUCUCACAACUGUGGUCACAAUGAGGACGCUGGUGUUGUCUGUGAAGCUGCUGCACCAGUGAGGCUGGUCAACUCUAGCAACCGCUGCUCUGGCAGAGUGGAGAUCUUCCACAGUGGACUGUGGGGGACGGUGUGUGAUGAUUCCUGGGACCUGAACGAUGCCAAUGUGGUGUGCAGACAGCUGGACUGUGGAAGGGCUCGCUCAGCACCACAAAAUGCUGCUUUUGGACAGGGUAGGGGACCCAUCUGGUUGGACGAUGUCAGAUGUUUUGGAAAUGAAUCAUCAAUAACAGACUGCAGACAUUCAGGGUUUGGGGUUCAUAACUGUGGUCAUCAAGAAGAUGCCAGUGCUGUAUGUGAAGUUAACCCAGGAAUAAACAGCACAGUUUUGCCAACCACACCAAGGCCACAGACCCUUACCACCCAGGUGACAACUGAAAUCAAACCAACAACUGUAAACAGCAGUGCAGGCUUUGAGGGGCAAGUCCGCCUGGCUGAUGGAGGAAACACCUCCUGUUCUGGCAGAGUGGAGAUCUUCCACAGUGGACAGUGGGGGACAGUGUGUGAUGAUUCCUGGGACCUGGUGGAUGCUCAGGUGGUGUGUAAACAGCUGGGCUGUGGAAGAGUCCUCUCUGCACCACAAAGUGCAGCUUUUGGGCAGGGCAUAGGACCCAUCUGGUUGGAUGACGUCAUGUGUACAGGCAACGAAUCACAGCUUUCAGAAUGCCGCCAUCGAGGCUUUGGAUCUCACAACUGUGGUCACAAUGAGGACGCUGGUGUUGUCUGUGAAGCUGCUGCACCAGUGAGGCUGGUCAACUCUAGCAACCGCUGCUCUGGCAGAGUGGAGAUCUUCCACAGUGGACUGUGGGGGACAGUGUGUGAUGAUUCCUGGGACCUGAACGAUGCCAAUGUGGUGUGCAGACAGCUGGGCUGUGGAAGGGCUCGCUCAGCACCACAAAAUGCUGCUUUUGGACAGGGUAGCGGACCCAUCUGGUUGGACGAUGUUGGAUGUUUUGGAAAUGAAUCAUCAAUAACAGACUGCAGACAUUCAGGGUUUGGGGUUCAUAACUGUGGUCAUCAAGAAGAUGCCAGUGCUGUAUGUGAAGUUAACCCAGGAAUAAACAGCACAGUUUUGCCAACCACACCAAGGCCACAGACCCUUACCACCCAGGUGACAACUGAAAUCAAACCAACAACUGUAAACAGCAGUGCAGGCUUUGAGGGGCAAGUCCGCCUGGCUGAUGGAGGAAACACCUCCUGUUCUGGCAGAGUGGAGAUCUUCCACAGUGGACAGUGGGGGACAGUGUGUGAUGAUUCCUGGGACCUGGUGGAUGCUCAGGUGGUGUGUAAACAGCUGGGCUGUGGAAGAGUCCUCUCUGCACCACAAAGUGCAGCUUUUGGGCAGGGCAUAGGACCCAUCUGGUUGGAUGACGUCAUGUGUACAGGCAACGAAUCACAGCUUUCAGAAUGCCGCCAUCGAGGCUUUGGAUCUCACAACUGUGGUCACAAUGAGGACGCUGGUGUUGUCUGUGAAGCUGCUGCACCAGUGAGGCUGGUCAACUCUAGCAACCGCUGCUCUGGCAGAGUGGAGAUCUUCCACAGUGGACUGUGGGGGACAGUGUGUGAUGAUUCCUGGGACCUGAACGAUGCCAAUGUGGUGUGCAGACAGCUGGGUUGUGGAAGGGCUCGCUCAGCACCACAAAAUGCUGCUUUUGGACAGGGUAGCGGACCCAUCUGGUUGGACGAUGUUGGAUGUUUUGGAAAUGAAUCAUCAAUAACAGACUGCAGACAUUCAGGGUUUGGGGUUCAUAACUGUGGUCAUCAAGAAGAUGCCAGUGCUGUAUGUGAAGUUAACCCAGGAAUAAACAGCACAGUUUUGCCAACCACACCAAGACCACAGACCCUUACCACCCAGGUGACAACUGAAAUCAAACCAACAACUGUAAACAGCAGUGCAGGCUUUGAGGGGCAAGUCCGCCUGGCUGAUGGAGGAAACACCUCCUGUUCUGGCAGAGUGGAGAUCUUCCACAGUGGACAGUGGGGGACAGUGUGUGAUGAUUCCUGGGACCUGGUGGAUGCUCAGGUGGUGUGUAAACAGCUGGGCUGUGGAAGAGUCCUCUCUGCACCACAAAGUGCAGCUUUUGGGCAGGGCAUAGGACCCAUCUGGUUGGAUGACGUCAUGUGUACAGGCAACGAAUCACAGCUUUCAGAAUGCCGCCAUCGAGGCUUUGGAUCUCACAACUGUGGUCACAAUGAGGACGCUGGUGUUGUCUGUGAAGCUGCUGCACCAGUGAGGCUGGUCAACUCUAGCAACCGCUGCUCUGGCAGAGUGGAGAUCUUCCACAGUGGACUGUGGGGGACAGUGUGUGAUGAUUCCUGGGACCUGAACGAUGCCAAUGUGGUGUGCAGACAGCUGGGCUGUGGAAGGGCUCGCUCAGCACCACAAAGUGCUGCCUUUGGACAGGGUAGCGGACCCAUCUGGUUGGACGAUGUUGGAUGUUUUGGAAAUGAAUCAUCAAUAACAGACUGCAGACAUUCAGGGUUUGGGGUUCAUAACUGUGGUCAUCAAGAAGAUGCCAGUGCUGUAUGUGAAACCCAGCCUCCACACCAGUCUUUAGAGCUUGUCUGUGGCCACAAUAAACUCCAAGUGGGUCUGCAUCUGACUAGUACAACAGUCUCUGGUUUGGAUCCAUUUUCUGGCAACCUGGCUGUCCGCAACUGUACCUGGGUCAGAGUGCAUGAUGACAUUGUUUGGUAUGAAGUAGAGGCCCGGGCAGGUGCUUGUGGAAACAUACUCAUGAUCAACCGCACACAUGCAACUUAUGCCAACAGCUUGUUUGUCUACCCAGAAAGCAAUGCAUCCUUCAUUCUUCCUGUGAAUUUUCCCUUCUCCUGCACUUAUCCCCUGGACACAGACGUCAGCCUAAAUGAGGCGAUCAGACCAUCUCUGGAGUUGGCGGGUGGUGUUUCAGGCUCAGGUACAAAAGGUAGAGCCUCCAUGUCUCUGUACCGCUACUCUAACUACUCCGAGACAUAUCCAGCAGGACAGGUCACCCUCCCACUGGGCUCACCGUUGUAUGUUGGUGUCUCUGUGGAUAAGGAAGACCCAAGCUUUGCAGUUGUUCUGGAAGACUGCUUUGCUACUCACUCAGCAAACCCUGAAGAUUCCAUGCAGUACCCUCUCAUUCAGAACAAGUGUCCCACCGACCGCAGACAGGUAUCAGUGGUUGAAAGUGGCUCAUCCCUUCGGGCUCGUUUCUCUGCUCUGCUGUUCCUGCUCCAGGACAAAACCAGAGAUGUUUAUCUUCACUGCAGUCUCAGUCUGUGUGAUCGGAUGAGCACCAACUGUGUCCCAGAUUGCAUAAGUAGGAGGCCUCGCUCUGUUUCCAGCUCUGCCCCUAUAAAGGUCAUUACUUUUGGACCACUCAUUUGGGACACAUCAAAUUAUUAAGAUGCUCACCACAAGAAAAGAAAUGCAAA